UAAAAGUCACUUAGCAGCGUCAAAAAAGUAACUGAGUUAAUAGUCAAGAUUGAAAAAUAAAAUAAAGGAAGCGUUCUCUGCUUGACUGACAAAGGGUAUGAAAUUAAGUGAAUUAAUUUGAAAUAUUUCGAGUUAUUACUUUAAGGUUCGUCAGUUAGAUCGCAGACUAACCCUCGAAUCAAGUGGGAACAACCCCCCAACCGUUUAAUUUAUUUCCAUCACUAAAUCGUAAAGGGAAUCAGUUUAUUUCUCAGUCCAAUAUUUUAUUUCUGAAGAAAAAAAAACGAAUUUUACUGCUUUCAUAUUUUACAAUAGAUAAAAACAAUGAUGAUAUAAAAACAUCUUGAGAAAUUAAACCAUAAAUGUCGUCACACCUGAAAAGGUGCAUUCUAUUUCGGGACAGGUUUUCAAAUCAGUGAACAUUUAACAUCCUCUGAUUCGCUUUCACUUGCGCAAUUAACUAUUAUUGAUAUGAAUGUUUUUCAUUCUUGUUUGCCUUUCACUCAAUUUUUUCUUUAUUUCGCCAAAAAUUGAAAUUUUCCUGGAACCUGCUAACUCCUUACUUCUCAUGAAUCGCUAAACAGCUUGCAACUUUUUUAAAAAAUCAUAAAGCGCUUCAUUUUUUCAUCGAGUUACUUUCAAAAUCUGAAGUUAUUUCGGAAAAAGUGGUUUCCUGAGAUUUAUGUAUAAUUUUGAUUGGAGUUUCUACUGCAACCUGUGCUUCUAAUUGAAGUAAAUGUCCUGAAGUGACGAGCGAAAGACUUCCGCUUGACAAUUGCUUUGGGCUAAAACGAAAUAGACAAGUCUCACCGGAAUUAUUAACAGUCAAAUCGUCUUUUUCUUCGCUAAAGACUUAAUGAGAUCUGAAGAACUGCUUUUGUCAAUUAAGAGACAGAACCGUAAAUAACUUCCACGUGAAUAAAGAAAAAAUUCUUUUUUUUUGUACCCACCCGCUUUGUGAAAUCUUACAAAGGAGAGAAAAAUGGAAAAAAUCUUGACUUUAAAUUAGACUCCCCGCGCGCGUCUACUUUGGAAAAACAAUGGAAAACAAAGGAAGAAUAAAUAAUGAGGGGCACCAUUAUACGACAGGGAGAUUAUAAUCCCGAGUCAUUAUUUCUUAUUAAUGAGUGAUCCAAGAGUUACUAACUGUUAAAUUAGUCCAAUUCCGAACCCCCUGCCCUCGCUUUUUAAAGAAUACCUUACGCUGCCUUUAAUUCCGCUAAUUUCCUCUCAGAAAAUCAUUCUUUUGAAAUCAUUUCAAAUUUUACCAGCUUUUUCACCAUAACUGCUGCUAUGCUCUUUUAUUUUCUUAUUAUUUUGAAAUAAUGAGUUUUUCUAAUUCUCAUAAAUUCAAAAAAAUGCUGAAAUUUCUUAUUAUAUUUUGUUUAUUGUCGUUUAGUUUUUGCGACGUUAUUUAUACAGGCGAUCUCUUAAACUUGAGCGCCGAAAGUAUAUCCCACAUGACCGAAACUCAACUAGCCGAACUCGAUUGGGAAACGUUAUGUCAAAUAGUUACAUCUGAAAUGGUCGGCCCAGCUAUCAUUGUUCACGCCGUUUCUUCAACUGUUGGGAAAACUUGGUCUACAUACGAUUUUGCAUCAUGUUUACAAGAGAAAGUCCAAGACACGUCUAAAAUGUCAGUCAAUUUACGAAUUGCAGCUCCUGAGUUUUUAGAAUCAAUACCCAUCAAGAAAUUUUACAAUUCCAAUUUUUUCCACAAAUACGCGGGAAUUUUGACGGAAGGCUUGAACGGAAACAUUGCCGAGGAAGGAAACUGGCGCGUCAAAAGUGGGCUAAGUCAGUUUUAUCUUGACGUGGUACCUCACACAAAGCUAGUGCGGGACUCGAACCUAUGUCAUGUUGUCUUCGACGCUAUUAAAAAUGACUUCUCAGUGUCAUUUUGGAGACUCAGUGGCAAAACUAGUUCAUGGAAAUUAUUUGCUUGCAUGUCAACAGAAACAAUUGAGUCGAAGCAUUUUGAAAUGCUUCCAGUUUUGGAUCAUCGGGACCUUCAAACAAGCACAUGGUCCAAAUUUGGAUUGGCCAAACGAGUUUUCUCCGACAACCGAAUUGUGAAAGAACUCGACUUUUUUCGAAACUACAGCUACCUUUUGGAUUCAACGUGGUCUAGUGACUUUCUGCUAAAUGUGUUUUCUGCUAAAACUGAUGUUUUGACUGUGCAACAGAUUACUGCGAAGAGUGAAAACUUCAUAAUAUUUCAAAACAUAGAAUCUGGUCUAGUAAAAUAUUCGCGAAUACCAAAUUUAUUUCUGGCGCAGCCAAAUUGGUCACUGAACUCUGAAAUCAAAAUAGCGCUGAGAAAUACUUUCAACAAGCCUGAAGAAUUUCAAAAAAUGAUUAUCGAACUGAACCAAAUUCGACUCAUAAGGACAAAACAGCUUUUGAUCGCUGACUUGAUCUCGGAGAAGAUUAAGUUUGAUUCUCAGAAAGACUCUUUUUACGAUUAUUUAGAAUUUCUAGGACCAAAUGUCGACGCAAUUCCAUUCGAAAAUAUCCAAAAACUCAGCACACAAGAUGCAAAGGUCAUUUCAUUCUUCAUUCUACAAGCCCAGAAUCUGAAUCAAGUUCAAAAAUUUAUUCACGCUCAGAAAACCCAGACACUAAUCGGCGAUUCAAACCUGCUCAAAAAUCUGUUCAAUUUCGGGCCUGAAUAUGUCGAUGUUUUCGGACUUUUCAAAUUCCGUGUUUUGGAUUUGAUGAGCGCGUUGGCCCAGCAAUACUCGCCAGAAAAAGGGUUCCAAAAAGUAGACUUUUUCUCGAAAGAACUAGCCGCUAUCAAUUUGACUCCAACUUCUAAACGGUUCAUUCUAGAUUACACGAAAAACUUUGUCAUAAAUACAAAUACUUCCAAAACUAUCAGCGGUUUCGAGAAUAUCAUUUCAGUAAAUGAUAUUGAAAAUAUAAAGCCGAAUGAACUAUUAAAUGUUCUGGCUGUGCUGGAUAAAUCUAAAUUACCUCCGAAAGUGGUCGAACAGUUCGCGAAAAUGAUAAUUAAUUUACAAGGAAUGUCGGGAAUUCAAGACAUUGAUCAAAAACCAAACUUGGAAAAGUUUUCAAAAUCCGAAUUGCGAUUAAUUGGUGGAGAAAUUUUGAGUCAAGUUGAUGUUGAAAAAUGGAGCUCUGUUGAAAAGGGCAGGUGUUUAUACAUAGUUCAACUAAUCGGCCAAAAUGACAAUGUUUGCAGAACCACUGACGAAAAACAAAGAAGAGCUAUCGUUACCCAAUUGAUAAAUAAAUGCAAUCUUUCAGAAGAUGAAAAGAAACCGCACUAUCUUAUGAGGCUUUUGGGGAACUUGAUUGCUGACUACAUAGGAGCUACAGAUUUUGUGGAUCAUAAAUACAUCACUGAUAAUAUCAAUUUCUUGGAAAAGUCUUGUUGGACUUAUGAAAAUGGAAAAAUUCUGCGAAAUCGAAUUUUUACUGAAAAUAUAUUCAGCAAAAUAGAAUGGCCGAAAGUCAUUUUGAGCUUGAACACCCAAUUUUAUAAUUUACUUGAGCAAGAGUCAGAAAUAAGGAGUUUAACCGAUCUUGCUAAAACUGAUCCUAGACUGAGAGAAUCAUUAAUUUAUCUUUCUAGGCAAACCCCCACAAAUUUACGCGAGGAAAAAUUCCAUAAGAUCCUGGUAAGCUCAUUAAUUUCCGAAUUAUUACCAUCAUACGAAAGUCGUUCGACGUGCUGGAGAAUUGAACAACGAAACGAACUAACGUGUCACAAACUAAGAGCAUUAGGCGACUCGAUCAAGUUCGUCAACCAAUCAGACUUGAGAAACAUGAACGAGUGCGAGCUUCGAAGGUGUCUCGAGUUUAUAACGAACAACAAAUUCUCGACUGAACCCCAACUUAAAGUCCUUUUAGAAAAAUUCAAAAGUUUUGAAUACUGGAAAAAUGAAUUUAUCAGCAAACGACAGCAAGUUGCGCUGUUAGGAAGAAGCUUAACUUAUAUGGACUCCGAGGACUUUCAACGUCUGAAUCUUGACUUUUCCGACCGGAACAUUCUGUUCCAAUUAGGUCGAAUCGACAAUUGGAACAAAAACAGAUUAGCAGAGAUUACAACCCGAGUCAAAAUUGAAACUGGAUUACAAGUGAAUGCAUUGACAGCAUUGGAUGUGAAAACUUUAGGAAAUAUCAUUUGUGGCUUCAACGUCGAAGAGCUUCUCAGUUUCCGACCGGACAUUAUCAAGCAAACAAUUCAAGAUCUCGGUAAACUGAACUCCUGCUCUCAAGAUCAAUUCAAAUCCCUGACAUACCCAGCAACCCUGGAAUUCGGCCCCGUCCAGUCCUGGAAACCCAGCCUCAUCCUAGAAUCGGGAAACUUAGCCACAGGAGGGAGCUACAAAGUCCUAAAAGAUUUGAGCGCCGCCCAACUUCAAUUUAUUGACGUUGACAUACUGAAAAAAGUGACUGAAAAGGAGGAAAAUCUGGACGAGGAAUUCCUCAAAAAAUUAGACCACUGCAAAAUGUCGAAAUUGGCCGUGAAAACAGAUAGCAGUGAAAAUGGAAACAGUUUCAACCAACAAAGUUACGUUACUUAUAAUAUAUUUUCCCCAAAUGGUACCAAAAUGAGCAACGGGAAUGAAAAAGAUGUCUGGAAACAUGAUAAAAACGAAAUUACAAGUCUAAUGCAAACUCAGAUCAUUUAUAUCGAUAGCUAUGCGUCGAAACGUUCGCUUCAGUUGAUUGUAUUAAUUGUUGUAUUUGUUAGCAGGGUUUUGUACUUUAUUUGACCUCCAAUUUGUAAAUUUU